GAGCUGGACGAACUCGAGAGCUGGACGAAGUUCGAGAUACUGGUAGACCGUUAUAAGCGCGAUAUGCAGGCACGAAUAUCUUUGUGGUGCUCACUUGCUGAGCUGGGGUGGUCUGUCCCUCCGCGGGAAGCAAUGUCGAAGGCAGAGCUUGUAGAGGAGGAGAGACUCUACAGGGCUAUGCUAGAAGCGCGACGGUUUGCCCCUGAGGAGGACCUGUACACACCUUGUCGUAUAGUGAUUUCAUUGUUU